AUGAAGCUGCCCCUCCUGGUGUUCCUUGUGCAUCUGCUGUGGUUGAAUGAUGGCCACUGUGCCCCUACGUGGAAGAGCAAGCCUGCUCCCUGGGGCAACCUGAAGAGUGUAUCUGAAGCUGGGGAGAUAGUUGCAGACGGAGAGGUGAAGAUGGCUUUGAUUGGUAUUAAGCAGAUGAAAAUCAUGAUGGAAAGAAGAGAGGAGGAACAUACAAAGCUCAUGGAAACCCUGAAGAAAUGCAAAGAAGAAAAGCAGGAGGCUUUGAAACUUAUGAAUGAAGUUCAAGAUCAUCUGGAAGAAAAAGAAAGGCUGUGCCAGGCAUCUUCGGCAGAUUCCUGGGGUGAAUGCACGCCCUGCCUGGAAAGUGACUGCAUGAAAUUUUAUACAACCUGCCAACCCAGGUGGUCCUCUGUGAAAAACACGAUUGAACAGUUUUUCAGGAAGAUAUAUCAAUUUCUGUUUCCUUUGCAUGAAGAUAUUGAAAAAGACCCCUCUGCCAGUGAAAAGUACAUUGAGGAAGAUGAGCAGUUGAACCACAUAGAGGACGUGUUCAGCCAGUUGACCAUGGAUGUGAAAUCUCUCUUUAACAGGAGUUUUUCAGUCUUCAAACAGAUGCAGCAAGGAUUUGAUGAGACUUUUCAAUUAUAUUUCAUGUCAGACACAGACUCCAUUGAACCUUAUUUUUUUCCAGCUUUAUCCAAAGAGUCAAACCAAAAAGCAGAUCUUGCGCGCACUUGGGACAUUCCCAAUUUUUUCCGGAUGUUUUUUAAUUUUGGUGUUUCUGUUUAUGAAAGCAUCAGUGAUGCCAUCACCAAGACCCUGAACACGGAAGAGCAUUCACCGAAACAAGACAAAGACGCCGGCCUUGGAAACCUGACUUCGAAGAUACCGUCUGAGCAGGACAGAGGGCUGUGUGGGGAACUGAGCCAGAACUUGUCGGGAUGUUUCAAAUUUCAGGCAAGAUGCCAGAAAUGCCAAGACUACUUAUCUGAGGACUGUCCUGAUGUACCUGAACUACACACAGAGCUGGAAGAGGCCCUCCGGCUGGUCAGUGUGUCCAGGGAGCAGUAUACCCGGAUCCUGCAGAUGACCCAGUACCACAUGCAGGACACCACGUAUCUCAUGCAGAGGAUGAGAGAACAGUUCGGCUGGGUGUCUCAGCUGGCCAACCAGAUGCCGGCAACUGAGAGCACCUUUAAACCAACCGAGGAAGUUCCAAGUGUUCGUGAAAGAAAUUCAGCCAAACAAGAUGAAAUGAAGGUAGACUUAAGCUUUCUGCCUGCCCCAAAUUUCACGCUAAUGAUGCUUCUUGAAGAAAGUUCUGAGAGCUCUAGCUUUGUUGACUACAUGGCAGCGAAACUUCGACAGCAUUUUGAAGAACAUUUUAGAACUUGA